AUGGGUCGUCUUCACAGCAAGGGCAAGGGUAUCGCCUCCUCGGCCAUCCCCUACUCUCGUUCCACCCCCGCGUGGCUCAAGACCACCCCCGACCAGGUCGUUGACCAGAUCUGCAAGCUCGCCAAGAAGGGUGCUACCCCCUCUCAGAUCGGUGUUGUCCUCCGUGACUCCCACGGUGUUGCCCAGGUCAAGGUUGUUACUGGUAACAAGAUCCUCCGUAUCUUGAAGUCUUCCGCAGGCCUUGCUCCUGAGCUCCCCGAGGACUUGUACUUCUUGAUCAAGAAGGCCGUCGCCGUCCGCAAGCACCUUGAGCGCAACCGCAAGGACAAGGACAGCAAGUUCCGUCUCAUUCUCAUCGAGUCCCGUAUCCACCGUCUGUCCCGCUACUACAAGUCGGUCGGUGUCCUCCCUCCCACCUGGAGAUACGAGAGCGCCACCGCCUCCACCCUCGUCGCAUAA